AUAAAAAAACAAGGAAUAUUAUAAAGAAUUUAUAAAGUUUUGUGUUUUAUGUGUAUUAAACAAAUAAAAUUUUAAAUUGUGAGAAAAUUGAAGAGUUUUGAUAACAAUGGAUAAUAAUAAUGGUUCAAAUCCAGUUGAAACUCCAUCAACAGUAGAUCGCAGUUCCUCGUCAACGGAUGCAUUUAUAGAUAAUCAAAGUUUUGGUUGGGCUCGUUUCAAACCGAAAUUUUUACAACGAUUUUGCACAGCAAAAUGGGCAUUAUUUUGGCUGUGUUGGGGCGGAGCAAUGCAAGGACUAAUAGUUAAUGGAUUUAUAAACGUUGUAAUAACAACCAUCGAAAGACGCUUCGGAUUACGUUCUCGCCAAACAGGUCUUGUGGCAAGUGGAUACGAUAUUGCCUCAUUUCUAUGUCUAGUUCCUGUAACAUAUUUUGGAGGUCGUCUUGGUGCUUCAAAACCACGCAUUAUAGCUUGGGGCAUAAUUUUAUUGGGCUUGGGGUCAUUAACAUUUGCUUUGCCACACUUUUUAGUGGGACCAUACCGUGCCACCAAGUCUACCACAAACACAUGUUCAACAUUAAGUGGAAAUAAUAGCACAAUACAGUCCUGCGAAUUAAAUGACAUGACAACGGGUGAUGGUGUUGGCGAUGAUAUUGAUAAUACCGAAAAUCUAACAUGGACUGUAUGGAUAUUUUUUGCUGCUCAACUGUUGCAUGGUGCAGGAGCUUCACCGCUAUUUACGCUUGGUGUUACUUAUAUUGACGAGAAUGUUUCGAAGAAAAUGUCGUCUGUUUAUUUGGGUACAUAUUACACAAUGACAAUGAUUGGUCCAGCUAUUGGUUAUGUUCUUGGUGGACAAUUGUUGCUGAUUUAUACCGAUUUUUUGCAAGUCGAUGUUGCAGAAUUAAGCUUGACCAGCGCCAGUAAAGUAUGGAUUGGAGCUUGGUGGAUUGGUUUUGUGGUAGCUGCCUUUGUUUGUUUUCUCUUAUCCAUACCAAUCUUUGGAUAUCCCCGAUCAUUGCCUGGGUCCGAGAAGUUACAACAGGAAAAAAUCUCCGAAGCCUAUAAUUCUAAUAAAAAAGCCGAAGAAUCUGCAAAUUUCACAAAGCUACGCGAGUUGCCCAUGGCUUUGGUGUCUCUGUUGAAAAAUCCAACGUUUGUCUUUUUGAAUUUAGCUGGGGCUUCCGAGGGUAUGAUAAUAGCUGGAUUUGCUGCUUUUCUACCUAAACAAAUAGAAAAUCAAUUUAGUAUUUCACCAGUAUGGUCUGCAUUGCUUAUGGGUUUAAUAACAGUACCGGCAGGAGGAGGCGGUACAUUUUUGGGUGGCUAUCUAGUCAAAAAGUUUAACCUCAAUUGCAGCGGUAUUAUAAAAAUGUGUCUUACAGUAACAAUAAUAGCCACUGCCUUCACUAGUUGUUUCCUGUUGUCUUGUCCAAAUCUUAAAUUUGCCGGUGUAACAACACCCUAUGAUAGUGGUAUACUAAAGUCUGGUUCAAUUAUAUCGAUGCCUAUUAACUUGGAAGCAAAUUGUAAUACGAAUUGUUCAUGUAGCAAAUUAGCUUAUGAUCCUAUAUGUGGCAGCAAUAAUAUUAUGUAUUAUAACCCUUGUUUUGCCGGCUGUGCUUUUGAGUCUUUGAAUAAUGAAAGUAAAUCGUUUAGAGAUUGUGAAUGUAUUUCUCGAACAAUUGCUAAUUUAACAAUUACUGGGAAUUUGGAUUAUGAUGCCACAAAUAAAAUGUGUUCUUCAUCUUGUCAAUAUCUACCAUAUUUUGUAGCAUUAUGUUUCAUGUUGAUGUUAUUUACAUUUUUGGCCACUAUGCCUGCUCUGUCAGCCACUUUGAGAUGUGUAUACGAUGAUCAACGUUCGUUUGCUUUGGGUAUACAGUGGAUAAAAGUUAGACUAUUGGGUACAAUUCCGGCACCCAUGAUCUUUGGAGCUUUAAUUGAUGAGACUUGCAUACUGUGGCAAGAAACAUGUGAUGAGGAAGCUGGAGCUUGUCUUGUCUAUGAAAAUUCGAAUAUGAGCAGAUACAUGUGGAUUCUGGCUUUAACAGGAAAAUUGUGUUCGGUGGUGUUUUUCUUUGCGGCCUGGUGGUUUUACAUACCACCCAAAGAAGUACCUAAUGAGGAAAAUGCUAAAGAUAACAGUAACAUUACAGUAGCAGCAAUCAGCAUCGUGGAUGAAGGCGCCAUGACGUUAUAAAGUUAAACACUUAAUGAUGAUGUUACUAGUUACGAACACAGUUAACAUCAUCCACAUUUUCUCAUUCCCCAUAUAAAUCAGCAUCAUCAUCAACACUACCAUCAAACUUUUUGUCGUAAAUUCAACAAGUGUUUGGACAUAAACAAUCGUCGUAUUGCAUGUGGCACGUGCAACACGUAUUUCUUUUGUCUUACAGCUGAUUUCAUUCAUAAGUUAAAUCUUAGGAUCUCAUACACAUGCGUUAUAUAAUCAUAUGAUAUUUAUUUGUUAUUAUUUACCUAUAGAUAUGUACGUUUGUAUCUAAUGUAAGUGCACAUGUACUCGAAUUCACAUACAAUGUAUGCAUGUAUAUAGUCAUAUUAUAUCCUCAAGUAUUUUACAUAUUUAUACAUACAUACAUAUGUUUGCAUUUAUGUACUAGGACCUUUUUUAUAAAUAUAAGAAAAUUUAGGUUGGUUUUGUAUGUGUGUUUUAAGUGUAGUUUUAGCUUUUAUACUUAUAUCUAUACAAAAAUAUCUAUGUUUUUAUGUGCGUUUGUAUACUUAAUAAAUAUUAAUACAAAACAAACAAAAUAUAUGUAAUCGUAUUUA